CUUGCUAAAAAAAUACAAAUGGAACUCAAAGCCUUACCAAAACCCCUCAAGUUCAUUCUUUUUGUGUCUCGAGUUCUUCUAAAGCUUCAUAAAAAUCAAAAAAAAGCUCUCAGAAGAACCCUAAGCAACACUCAUGGCUCUAGUUUCAAAUCACAAACCCUAAUUUCAGAGGUUGAUCAUACUAAUCUUUCACAAAAGACGUUAAUCUUCGAUGUCGAAGAGACCCUUUUGAGAUCAUCAUCUGUGUUUCCAUACUUCAUGUUGGUUGCAUUUGAAGCUGGAAGUUUGAUUCGGGCCUUUAUGCUUUUCGCUCUAUACCCGCUUCUUUUCUUAGUUGAUGACGAGUUAUCGAUCAAGAUUAUGGUAAUGGUUUCCUUUUUUGGCACCAAGAAAGAUGGGUUUCGUGUUGGAAGUUCGGUUUUGCCCAAGUUCUUCUUGGAAGAUGUUGGUGUGGAGGGUUUCGAUGUGUUGAGAAGAGGAAAAAAGACGGUUGGUGUAAGCAAGUUGCCACAAAUCAUGGUUGAGUGUUUCUUAAAAGAUUAUUUGGAGAUUGAUUAUGUUUUCGGAAGGGAGCUAAAGGUUCAUGGUGACUACUUUGUUGGUCUCAUGAAUGACAACAAGAACAUCAUCGAGCAUCGUAUAAACGAAAUGCUAGAAGAAGAUGAUCAAGCGAUUUACUUCUCAAACAAGUUCGCUAAGCACGAUUGGAUCUCAUGUAGUAAGGAGGUUUAUGUGGUUAGAAAUGGAGAAAAGAAGGCAUGGCAAAUCCUUCCAAAAGAAAGAUAUCCAAAAGACCUAAUCUUCCAUGAUGGAAGACUAGCCUUCAGACCCGAACCGCUAAGAAUGUUGGUCAUGUUCAUGUGGUUUCCAUUCGCCAUACUUUUGUCCAUUUUCCGAACAAUUAUCGCACUCACCAUGCCAUAUGGUGCAUUGAUCCCUAUCUUAGCUUUCACCGGUUUGCAACUCAAGCUCACAAACAAUAACUCAAAUCUAGACGUGACAUCUGAUGAUCAUAAACAACAUAAAGGUCGUUUAUAUGUAUGUAACCAUCGAACUUUACUUGAUCCAUUAUACCUCUCAUUUGGUCUCAAGAGACCAUUCGCAGCAGUCACAUACAGUCUUAGUAGAAUGUCCGAGAUCUUAUCACCAAUCAAAACUGUACGAUUAACAAGAGAUCGGGAUCAAGAUGCAAAAACAAUGGACAAGAUGUUAAGGCUAGGGGACCUUGUGGUUUGCCCGGAAGGGACAACUUGUAGGGAACCAUAUUUGUUGCGGUUUAGCCCAUUGUUUGCAGAACUUAGUGAUCAUAUAGUCCCGGUUGCACUGGAUAGUUAUGUUACCAUGUUUUACGGGACAACAGCCGGCGGGUUAAAAUGCUUGGACCCAUUUUUGUUUAUGAUGAACCCAAACCCGGUUUACAGGGUUCAGUUCCUGGACCAGAUUCAUGGGGUGUCGUCACAGGCUAGUGAAACAAAGUCUACAAGGUUCGAUAUUGCAAAUUAUGUGCAAAGUGAGAUCGGGAAGACACUGGAUUUUGAAUGCACGAGCCUUACGAGGAAAGACAAGUAUCUCGUAUUAGCCGGUAACGAAGGGUUCGUUAAUUCCACCAGUAACAAACGAUGAUGACCGCUGAGUUAAAAUCCUAUUGAUCUUGAGCGUGUUUCAUGGAUUAUAAUUGAGACACAAGUCAAUUAUUUGGAUUGAAGUUUUGAUUCUUAUACUGUAAACUAUAAAUUUCUAUUUAUAUUCUUUUAUGUAUGUUGUAUAUAUAUUCAUUAGCAUAUUAAAAAUUAUUAUUUGGGUGCUUAAUAUAUAGUGAAGUAAUAAUAUAAAUUUCUAACACGUUAAUUUUG